UUUUCAUCUCGGGUUGGAAUAAAAGCGCUGGAAUAAAAGGAGGCAGAAAAGGCGCCGGCCGGGCCCGAUACACGCUGGUAGGAGCCGGGUGGCUGCCGAGCCCGGAGCCGAAGCCGGAGCCGGGCCUCCGCGCCGCGCCAUGGCGCCCACCCUGGCCACUGCCCAUCGGCGCCGCUGGUGGAUGGCCUGCACAGCCGUGUUGGAAAACCUCCUCUUCUCGGCAGUCCUCCUGGGCUGGGGCUCGCUGCUCAUCAUGCUCAAGUCGGAGGGCUUUUACUCGUACCUGUGUACUGAGCCAGAGAUUGUCACCAACGGCACAGUGGGGGGCACAGCGGAGCCGCAGCAGGAGCACGAGGAGAUAACCUGGAUGAAUGGCUGGCUCACCUGCAAGGCCCAGGAUGAGAUGCUAAACUUGGCCUUCACCGUAGGCUCCUUCCUGCUCAGUGCCAUCACCCUGCCUCUGGGCAUCGUCAUGGACAAAUAUGGCCCAAGGAAGCUCAGGCUACUGGGCAGUGCCUGCUUUGCUGUCUCCUGCUUGCUGAUUGCACAUGGAGCGAGUAACCCAAACUCUCUCUCUGUGCUCAUCUUCGUUUCCCUGGCUCUGAAUGGCUUUGGUGGGAUGUGCAUGACUUUCACUUCAUUAACACUACCCAACAUGUUCGGCGACCUUCGGUCCACGUUUAUUGCCUUGAUGAUUGGAUCCUAUGCCUCCUCAGCAGUCACCUUCCCGGGAAUCAAGGUCAUCUACGACUUUGGUGUCUCCUUCAUCAUCAUCCUCGUGGUCUGGGCCAGCUGCUCUGGAUUGGUUUUCCUCAACUGCUUCUUUAACUGGCCCCUGGAGCCUUUCCCGGGGCCGGAGGACAUGGACUACUCGGUGAAGAUCAAGUUCAGCUGGCUGGGCUUUGACCACAAGAUCACAGGGAAGCAGUUCUACAAGCAGGUGACCACGGUGGGGCGCCGCCUCAGCGUGGGCAGCUCCAUGAGGAGCACCAAGGAGCAGGCGGCCCUGCAGGAGGGCCAUAAGCUGUGCCUGUCCACCAUUGACCUGGAGGUGAAGUGCAAGCCAGACGCUGCAGCGGCCCCCUCCUUCAUGCACAGCGUGUUCAGCCCCAUCCUGCUGCUCAGCCUCCUCACCAUGUGCAUCACGCAGCUGCGGCUCAUCUUCUACAUGGGCGCCAUGAACAACAUCCUCAAGUUCCUGGUCAAUGGCGACCAGGACGUAGUGAUGGCCACUGUCAGCCUCUACACGUCCAUCUUCGGUGUGCUCCAGCUUCUCUGCCUACUGACAGCCCCUGUCAUUGGCUACAUCAUGGACUGGAGGCUGAAGGAGUGUGAAGAUGCCUCCGAGGAGCCUGAGGAGAAAGAUGCCAACCAAGGCGAGGAGAAGAAGAAGAAGCGAGACCGGCAGAUCCAGAAAGUCACCAAUGCCAUGCGGGCCUUCGCCUUCACGAACCUGCUGCUCGUGGGCUUUGGGGUGACCUGCCUCAUUCCCAACCUGCCUCUACAGAUCCUGUCCUUCAUCCUGCACACGGUUGUGCGAGGAUUCAUCCACUCUGCUGUCGGGGGUCUGUACGCAGCUGUGUACCCCUCCACCCAGUUUGGCAGCCUCACAGGACUGCAGUCACUGGUCAGUGCGCUCUUCGCCCUCCUGCAGCAGCCCCUGUUUCUGGCCAUGAUGGGUCCCCUCCAAGGAGACCCCCUCUGGGUGAAUGUGGGGCUGCUCGGCCUGAGCAUGCUGGGGUUCUGCCUCCCCCUCUACCUCAUCUGCUACCGGCGCCAGCUGGAGAGGCAGCUACAGCAGAAGAGGGAGGACGACAAGCUUUUCCUCAAGCUGAACGGCUCCUCCAACCGGGAGGCUUUCGUGUAGCGCCCACCACCUCGGAACUGUGGCCUCCUGCCCUUGCUUCAGUGACUCACCAGUGUCCUUCUCCCCAUCCCAGAGGACCUCCGUGCACCCUCAGGAUCCUCUCCUUCACAUUUUGGAGCCCACGCUCCCUCCCAGGGCCCUGGUCCUGCCUCGGACCUGUGCAGUGGAAGGACGGGAGAGGGCCCGGAUGUGCGAUUUUCCUACUGCUGGAAGCAAGGGCUGCCGUGGGCUUUGCUCUGCCACCCUCGAGGGGCCCUGGGGCCUUGAGGCUCCGUGGUGCCUGCAGGGGCAGCAAGGAGGACCCCCCAGCAGGCAGGCUCUCUCCCUUAAGUGUCUGGAUUCUGCCUCUUGCCAAAGCAGUGGGGUCUGCCAUCUACUGCCUGCCACCUGCCUCUCGGCUGCAUGCCCACUGGCCACACCUGCCCAAGGACAAAGUCUUGCGCUGUCUGCUCCCCCUCGCCUGGCCCCUCGACCUCCUCCCUUGGCCAGUCUGAGGCUGCCUGAGGAAGGAAGGACCCGCUUCCUGUUGUUGGUGCUAACUCCUUUGUAAUUCCAGCCCCCUGUGGCCUGUCCAUGACCUGGCCUCCUGUUACAGGCCUGUGGAGAAGCCCCCCCUGGCUUAAAGCCUGGGGAGGGGAUGGAGGACUGGAUAGCCAGGCACCGCUCAGGGGCCAAGGACAAGGCUGAUUAGCAGUCCCUCACCUCCUCCCUCAGGGCGAGGAGCAAGUGUCCACUGCCCCCUUCCAUCCAGUCUGUGACCUGAAGGGAAUUAAAACAGCACCAACAGGGCACCCGCUACACACAGCUGUUCGUAUGGGGGUGGAAGUCAGGCUGUUGCCGAGAGACGGAGGGCCGGGCCUGACUGGGGAGAUGGAUGGUGAGGGGCCUCGGGGUGCGUGCACGUGUGGGAUGUGUGAGAGAUGUGUGUGGGGUGUCUGCCCUUAUCCUCCCGGAGGCGGCCUCGCUCUGGACCUGGAGCUUGUCUGAGGCUGCGGGGUUGUAGCGCCCCCUGCCGGCAGGCUCCUCCAGGGCCCUGGAGCUGUUUACGUGAGAGAGGCCCCUGUCCUCUGCCAGGCUGGCCUGGCUGUCCAGCCACCCGCCGCCUGACUGCCCCCAGAAAUGUGUCUGAGACUUCCUGGGAGUGCACAGCAGGGCGGGUUGAUUUUUAGGUCUAUACUUUUGGGUCUUUUAAGUUUUACCAGACUCCUUUUUAUAAAGCAAUAAAUCCAUUUUCCUCCUGGGAA